CACGCGGUCACCGAGGGGAGCGAAGUCUGUCUCCACGCCGAGCAGGCGGAUGGCUCUUUAUUUUUCUUUUUGAACAAGUUUAGCUGCGGUUUGGAUAUAGUUUGCGGCUGGCUGGAAUUUGCUGCGGUAUCCCAUUUACUCACCUUUGCCUCCCAUCCCGUGGGCAGCCUUAGAAGGUAUGAACCACUGCAACCUUGCAAAUAUGAAUGCAGCCGAAAGUCUGAAUCAUAUUAAGGAGGAAUAUAAAGAGGCAUUUACCUUUGUUAAUAAAGGGCUCAAUGCAGAUGAAUAUGGUCAAAAAGAAGUUGCAAAGCAAUAUUACAGGCAAGGAGAGAGCCAUUUAAUUAAAGGAUUGACUAUUCCAUCAAAUGGUCCAGAAUGUACAGGUCCCCAGUGGGACAAAGCCCGUCAAAUGCAGAAUAAGAUGAGUGCAACAUUAAAUAAUAUACAAACAAGGUUAUCUAUUUUGGAGCAUGAAGAUAACUCAGUGGUAUCUAAUCAAACAAACCAAUUUUCUGAAACUUCAGGACCUGAUAAUUCAAAAGCGGAGUCAACACUAUAUCCAGUUGUGCCAAUACCUUGUGAAGAGAAAUUUUCAACGUUGACAAGCACUCAAUCUGACACUCCACCUUCUGCCAUGAAUGUGAGUCCAACUACCAAUGGAAGCUCCUUGAAUGUAGCGGCUGGUUUGUCACCAGACGCUCCAUCUGCAUUGAAUGAGUUGCCUCCUGUAUACACGCCUGAGGCUGUGGAAGGACACAAGACCAUUUCCUAUGGAACUGAAUCUGGUGAAUUUGCUGUUAUUGGUGGUGAUGCUAUUGGACAAAGCACCCAUCCUCCUCCAUUGGAAUCACUUGGAGUAGAUGCAUAUGAGCUCAUUUUAAUUGAACAAGGAGUGCAGAUAUUCUAUGUAACACCUGAUGGGCAAGUGAGUGCACCUUCCUAUCCAGGAUAUCUCCGUGUUGUGACAUUUUCUGAUUCAGAUGCUGGUGCAGCACAAAAUCAGCCACCUUCCUUUCUGCAGGUUUGUGAUUGGGUGUAUCCGCUUAUACCUAGCCAGUCUCCUGUUCUGCAGUGUCACAAUGGAGUCUAUAUGUUUCCUGAUAUAAUGUCACAAGAUCCUGGUGUCUACGUUGGAGUAGUGCUAUCCUCUGAGCUGCCACAGUCGGACAGAGAACACUUUGAAGACUUGCUGAGACAAAUGACUUAUUUAAAGGUCCAGGAUCCAGAAGUUUCAGCUGGAGAACUGAAUUUGAGCCAGACUGUUCCGAUUCACCAUGAAUUACAAGGUACAGACCAAGAUGCUGUUCUACCGGAGUGGAGUGGAAAAAUGGCUCGUGGAAUUCUAACUGGAGCCUCUUGGUUGAGCUGGGGUUUAGUUAAGGGAGCUGAAUUCACUGGUAAAGCAAUCCAAAAAGGAGCUUCAAAACUGAGAACACAUAUUCAGCCUGAAGAUAAGCCUGUAAAAAUAAGUCCAACGGUGGAAAAAGGACUCAGUGUUGCGAGACAAGCAACAGGAGGGGCUGUAAAAGUCAGCCAGUUCUUGGUGGAUGGACUUUGUACUGUUGCUAGUACUGUUGGAAAAGAGCUGGCUCCACAUGUAAAGAAACAUGGAAGUAAACUGAUUCCAGAAGCUAUAAAGAAAGAUAAUAAUUCAAAAGCGAAUCUAGAUGGAGCCCUGGUGGUGGCAGCAAGUGGAGUUCAAGGAUUUGCCACUGUUUGGAAUGGUUUAGAGUGUGCAGCAAAGUGCAUAGCCAAGAAUGUUGCAGCAGAGACCGUCCACACAGUGAAACAUAAGUAUGGGUCCGCUGCUGGGAACGCUACAGACAACGCUGUGAACUCUGCCAUCAAUGUUGGUGUGACCGCUUUUAACAUUGAUCAUUUGGGUAUCAAGGCUGUGGCACGACGCACUGCGAAAGAAACUGGAAAUGCUAUUCUAGUUGACUACCGAUUACAAGAAAAACCGGAGAAGCAAGAUAAAAAGUGAAUUGUUUCAUCUUUGAGAAGAUCUUAAAGAAUUCAGUUGAGUUGAAUAUUAAAUGUUGAUCUCUUCACUGAGUAAAAGUUGUGUGAAUUAGUUAUGUUUUGAUUUUAUUUAACUGACUAGCAGUAGUUUAUCUUGAAUAAAGAACCAAUUGCACUUUAUGUUCUGUAAACUAAAUUGAUUUUUGUGAAUUUAUUGUCUUUAUUCUCAGAUGUUGGGAUGGACAUUUAAUGUACAAAGGAUGCACAACUUUCACCCUUUAGCUCUGUUGACUAAUGAGUUUUUUAAAAAAAAUGUAGUUGGCAGUAGAAAGAGUAAUUAGAUUUUUCAUUUUGCUUGCCUAAUUUCUGCAGGUCUCUUUCUUCUACACUACAUUUAAAUUAGUUAAGCCAGAAUUCACAUUCUUAACAGCACAAUGGAUAAUUACACAAAUAGUAAAACAUGGGAAUGCUUACUUCAUUGGAUAUAAACUUACAUUGGAGUUCUUAAAUGAUUGAAGUAUUAAUUUUCAAAUAGAAAUUGAAGCUUUGCGUGUCGAUAUGCAUGAGCUAUUUUUUUGGAUGUAAGCAGCUAUUUUCCAUAAUUGACUGAGGUGAUUUCAAAUUUAGUUGGGUACUGGGCACCUGUCAAGUAUGAUAUUUUAGGAGAAAGAUAUUUUGUACAGUGAAGAUUAGCAUAUUCAUCCAAAUUAGCUCAGUAUAAAGGAAAAUAAUUAAUUAAAUCUACAUUUAAUGCAAACUUAAACCAUGUUGCAUUUUUUUUUACAAAACCUGUGCUGCACUAUUCUGUAACAUUUUCUUGGCUUGGAGAAUGUGAUCAUAUUACUAAUAAUAUCUAGAUAAUGUAUGAUUAUAAUUGAACUUGCCACUCAGGAGAGCAUACCACUGUUGAAAAUUGCAGAUAGGAGAACAGUACCUAAUCUAUGGGGUUGUGUUUUUGUUUUGAAAAGUGAAUAGCUUCUGCACCAAUACUAAAAUUAAAUAGCAGUAACUAAAACCACAAUAUUAAGACAAAAGGUAUAGUAGAAGCCUUAAGAUAGUCCAGUUGGCACUUGUGCAAUUUUUGAAAGCUUCAAAUACUAAAUUUUGUGAGAGCUUCCCAAUUUAAUUUUGUAACUUCCAAUUGUGAAUAUGUAAUGAAAUUCAGUUGUUCAAAUUUGUAAUCUGUAGAGUGGCUCUGGAAUGAGAGACACACAUCAUCUAAAUUAACUUUAUGCUGGGAAUUGACACAGAAAGGAUGUCUUUUGCUUCCACCUUUUGGGAUACUAAUUAAACAAAAAAAAACUGCUUUUGUAGCAUGAACUUUUAUUUGAAUCUCUUUUUACUUUAAAUUCUCAACUUACUUUUCCUCAA